AUGAUCCGACAUAAGGAACGGUUGUUUUCGGAUCAGUUGAAUUAUGACAAUCGUAGCAACGAUUUUGAAAAUACUAAUGUCAAAACAACAGGAUGGAAGAAGAGGACGAUACCACAAACUGCAAAAGGUCGUCCUCGUAAUGCCUCCUCAUCAACUAGGCUUCAAGGCAAAGAAAAGAGUGGAUUUGGAAAUUUGUAUGGAGAUGAUGAUGUAGAGGAUUUGAAUAUAGGACAGGCAGCUCAUGCUGGAGAUGCUUCUCAACUCGAGUUGGCUUCUCUAAGUAAUUCCGAUGAUGAAUUACCGACUUCGUAUAAUGAAUCAAUAUCGAAUAGGACGAAUAUUAAUGACAACAUAACGAGCCGUGGGGUGGUACGUUCCAAUAGUAACAAGUUUGAAGGCAACACCUUAUUGAAUAAGGAAAUUAAGGAUUCAGGAAAUUCAAAAAAGGGUCAACAAGCAACAGUUUCUUCUUCGCUUAAUAGUGCCCAGUUUUUAAGCAUGGCCAAGUCAGCAAACGAAGCAAACUCCACGGCGUUGAACCCUCAAAAGAAAUCAAUAGGGGGAGGUAUGAUCGCUUCAGCUCCUUCUUCUCCUGCUAAAAGAUCACAUCCAAGCUCUUAUAUGAGAACUAAAACGAUCAAUGUACCAAAAUCCCCAAACGCUUCUGUCAACACAUCACAAAUUAUGAACCCAAACCAAAACACAUUUCAAACAAUUAGUGCCCUUUUCGAAAAGAAAAUUCAGAGAUUGGAGAAUGAAAGAAAAAUCUGCAACAUCAAUUGA